CACUGAGCAGUUUAUUUCGUUGUCGACGCGUAAAUCAUGUAGAAUAACCGCGCAGGUGCUGCAGCUGCGAUUUUAUUGCAGUUAAAUUAAAAAAAUAAAAAGCUCCGGUGAGUGCCUGCGUUGAAUGCGACUUUAAAAGUGAACCGUACGUGUCUUAGAAAAACAGUUUGAAUAGAAAUUGUGCUAGGCGAUGUAGACGCGUUAAAGCGUCCAGAACUGACUGUAAUUUUGGCAUAAAGUCCAUCAUGGAGGUGCGUAAAGCGCUCACGUGUGUUUUGUUCAGCGUGCUUCUGUGGGCAGGAGACGCUCAGAACUCGGUACCUGAUUCAGUUUUAAACUGCUGCGAGGGCGAUGUGCUUUUCCUCCUGGAUUCAUCUGGUAGCGUGGCCUCCUACGAGUUCUUCCGUAUGGUGGACUUCCUCAAGGAGCUCCUGCUGCCUUUCUCAUUGGGGCCGGAUCAGGUGAGGGUGGGACUGCUGCAGGUUGGGACCGAACCCCAUCUGGAGUUCAGCUUUGACACCUACAGCUCCCAGGACAGACUGCAGGCGGCCCUGGGGAGGACUAAACAGCUGAAGGGCGACACCAAUACGGUGGACGCUCUACUGAUGGCUAGGAAUCAGGUUUUGAAACAGGGUGUGCCGGGAGGUGCCAGACCAGAUCUGCCCAGGGUUCUGGUUUGGCUCACGGAUGGAGUGGACCCCGGCGAGGUGCAGGAACCAAUGGCGAGGCUGCGGGAAGAGGGCGUGGCUAUACUGGUGGUUUCCACUGGUCACGGGAACUAUCAGGUGCUGAGAGAGGCUGUAAGUCCACCCGCUGAAGAGCACCUGUUCUUUGUGGACAUUGACGAUAUCAACAUCAUCAGCGAAGACUUGAGGAACGCAAUUAUUGAGAUUAUCCGGGCCGAGAGGCUACAGGUGAAGUCGGUCACCACCACUACAGCUCAGCUGGAAUGGAGGCCUGUGUUGGCUGGCACCGGCUACUACGAUAUCCAGUUUGGUCCCAUCCGAACAGGGCAGACCGCAGGGACGGGAGGUGCAGGCACCAGUCCUGGCACUGAUUUGGGUCCUUUUCAGAGGAUCACACGGCCCGGAGAUGCCAGCUCGGCUAAGCUGAUUGGCCUGCGUCCAGACACCAUGUACACAGUCACGCUCACACCGAAGGCCAACCUGGAGUUCCUGAACUCCCUUCAUGCCACCUUCACUACACAGCCAGUGAAUCCUCAGCCAGAAGCGCAGACUCUGUCGACAGUGACCGUGUCAGAGUCCACCACUAACAGUGUGCGUGUGAGCUGGGGUCCACUGCUGCCUCACCUCAUACAGGGCUACCAGCUGGAGUAUUCAGCGCUUCCUACAGGCCCGCUGCGGGUCAUCAGCAUCAGUAACAGACAGAACACCACAGUCCUGACCGGCCUCCAGCCCGACACACAGUACCUGGUCACCGUGAGCGCGAGACAGUCCUCCGGCAGAGAGAGAGCCAUGACGGUUAAAGUCUGUACACAGGAAGUGUUGCCAGCUCUCUCAGAUCUGCAGCUGACCACAGUGGGCAAUGAGUCAGUGCAGCUCCGCUGGAAGGGGAGUUAUGAUGGUCUCCGUGGUUACUGGGUCACAUGGGAGCGAGGUCACAGCCAGCACUCCACCCUGUACCUACCACCCAACCGGCUCUCCACCACCCUCAACCAUGUGCCCUCCAGGGCCCGCGUCUGCGUCUCUCCGGUGUACCGGACGGCCCGUGGGGAGGGACUCUGCUGCACUGCUUAAAUGGGCUCCGCUGCGUUGACCUGGAACUGUGGUGCACCGCUCUGCCAAACACGAAAGAUGGAGGGAUGAGCAACACCAAAAACUUCCCACAAAUGGACAGAUGGGAGGACAAGGGAGUCCAGGAAACUGUAGCUGUUUGAAUAUUCAUCACCCAUAGAUGGUGAUCUUUAAACACCCCAACACAACAUGCACUGACACGCAAACCCCAAACCACACUUCUAAUAUAGGAGACUAAAUGAGUCUGAACUCAAAAGUGACCUUCUGAAGAAUCAGAGAUUCAAAGGAAAGUUUUGGGUUCAAGUUCAGUGCUAUUGACGGCUGAGAUCUGUGGCUUGCUGUGCAUUGCCGUAGACCAUUUUUGAGUUUAUAUCUCGCAAUUUAUAUCUUGAGUUUGUUUCUUGCAAUU